AUGGCAGUCCACCCUCUCGGAUCCGCCUCCGGGUUCGGACUAAACCAAGAAUCCUUCAACCUUGCCGUAUACCAGCGACAACAAUACCGGGACGCAUUCAACACGGCACUUGCAGCCGGUGAAGUCAAACCACUGAUCAUCCCCUGGUCCUUUGUUGGCAGCUUUUUCCUUCCGCUUCUUUACCUCAGCAUCCCCCACACGAACCGGCCAUGGCUGUACCGAAUGCGCUGGCUUGUCGCCGCGACAGUCGUCUAUCUUAACGUCCACCUCCUGCAGACCACAUCUGCCAUAAAUGAAGCCGUGGCUUUUGCAACUGGACUACUCGCCGUCUGGGGGACGAUCUGGGCCCUCAGGCUACUGAUAUUUACUCGGCCCCAAUGGGACGCGGCGAGGGUUGAGCGGCGCCCGAGACGGACUGAAAACGGCCACGGAGGUAAAAGAGAGGAUGCAGUUGUCAUGGUGCCGCCCGAUGAGAGCGUUGCCGCCUCCCUCCCUCACAACGAAUACUUCUGGCAGCCCUUCCCAGCCACCGCGCCUUACCUCACCCGUCUCGGCUGGACCGCCGACCUUCUCACCGCGUGCCGUGGCGCAGGAUGGAACUUUUCUAUUUCGACCAUCCCCCACCCGCCCUUUCCCACUAAACCCCUGGACGGCAACGAACUUGUUCGGAUAGACCUCAUCCCGCUCGCCUCCCGCGCCGGCACCCAGCGCUCGCAAACCUAUGCCGCCUUUCUCCGCUCCCGCCUUCUCAACUUCACACUCUCCUACUUGACCAUCGACCUCCUGACCAGUAUCAUGCGGCAAGACCCCUACUUCGUCCUCGGACCAGACUACGCCUCCCAGGGGUACCCCCUCCCGCCACUGUACGCCCGCCUGCCCCUCCCGCAGCUCACCAUCCCCCUGCUGCGCAACAUCCCGGCUCUCGCGGGCAUCAUGGCCGGCAUACACCUGUACCACUCCCUCCUCCAACUCGCCAUCGUCUUCCCGCUGCGCAGCCUGUUCGGCGCGCGCGCCGAGCUCUGGCAGCACCCGACCCUCUUUGGCGGGUUCGUGCCCUCGGUCCUGGACCGCGGCCUCGCCGGCUUCUGGGGCGGCUGGUGGCACCAGACCUUCCGCGCCGGUUUUGUCGCGCCCGCGCGGUGGUGGUUCGCGGCCCGCCGUCGCCCUGAGGUGGGGCCGGAAGCGAACAAAGACAACAACCACACCAACAACCAUCACAGCAACAGCACCAACAACAAACCCCCCACCGCCCUCUUUGCCGAACCCCUCCUAGCCUUCCUCCUCAGCGGCCUCCUCCACGCCGCCGGCGGCCACACCGCCGUCCCGCGCAUCACCCGCCCCUGGACCUCCCUCGCCUUCUUCGCCCUCCAAACGGUCGGCAUUGCCCUCCAAACCACCCUCCUCCCCAACCUCCUCCCCAACCCCACCCCUAAAAGAAGUAAAACCCUCCUCCGCCGCCUCACCAACCUGCUCUUCACCCUCCUCUGGCUACAACUCACAGCCUGGGGCCUGAUCGACGACAUGGGCCGCGCGGGGGUGUGGCUGUUUGAACCCGUGCCGGCGUCGCCGCUGCGGGCGCUGGGGCUGGUGGGCACGGGCACGGGCACGGGCACGGUUGGGGGGGAUGAGGCGUGGUGGCGGUGGGAUUCGGUGGGAGAGUUAGCUAUUAGCGUUGAGAGUGCGAAGAAGGCCCAUAGGAUGAGUAUGCGUUGAGCAGGUUCGUAUCUGGCAAGUCAUUGCCAUAAAAAUAUAGAUACCAACGCAGGCAUAUUUUGUUCGCAUAGCC